UUUUGUGUUUUAAUAGAAAAAUAGUCGAUUUUAUUUUUUAACUAAUUACAAUGGCGGAAAAUCUGCAAACGACCUCAAUUGCACCUAACUUACGGCCAUGGGAAAUAUUGGCAUGGUCGCCGGAACGAAUAACCGCCAUGUACACGGAUUGGGGUUCAUAUUUCUCACGUCAACAGAGAUUCGCCCAUGGUGGGCACUAUGUAAACAAGGCAUUAGACAUAAGUCCAAAUAAUACCAAAGCCCUGAUGAAAUCUAGUCAAUUUAAACGCGCAUUGGGCCUGGCCCCAGAAGCUCUACAAGAUUCAGACAAAGCUGAAAAACUUCUGGAGAGGAGUAAUCCGCCUGUAUACAAUCCACAUGUUGGUGUCGAAGUCUGCGAUGCUCUCCAUGAGUGCAAUCGAUUUGAGGAUGCCAAAAUCAAUUUGCAUAAUCAUCUGAGAAGAUAUAGUACGAGUACCGGACAAACUGUAGCUGUAGAGAAUCGUCUGAAUGUGGUGGAUGAGAAUUUUAUUGACACUCUGGGUGUCCAGACUUCGCCAGCUGUACAGCGUCUGAUCAAUAAUAUGACAUAUGACUUGGCUAAUCAAAAACCCAAAGAAUCGAAACCCGAAUGCGAUGUUGUUAGCAUUUUAGAAAUGGAGGAAGAAUUAGUUUCACCUUUGGAAUUGGCUAGGCGAAGGCGUCAUUUUAAGAUCUACAAUCAAACGUAUCUGAAUCGUUGUUGGGUUGAUGUGGCAUUCCUUAAAAAAUUGCGAAAUAGUCCACAUGUUUUCCUUGAAAAUAGUAGCGAAUCGACACCGUAUAUUAAGAAUCUAAUAAAAACCAAUUACAAAGCAACGCGCGUUUUAACGAAAAUGUUGCAUGCUCGCUGUCCCAUGUAUGCAACAAAUAUGCAUAAAUAUGCCUCAGGAGAUCUUUAUAAUAAGCACCAGGAGGACAAUCUCUUUCGCAUACAAUAUCAAACAAGGCGAAAUAUGUUUAAAAUAUUACGCAGCAUAAGGCAUUUAAUUAAAGUUGGCGAACUGAAUAAACUAACACAUUUUGUUGAAGAGGUUAUGGGAGAAUAUGUUUCAAUCAAGACAAAUCGUGUUAUGCCAUGGAAAUUUGAAUUCAUUAAUGAGGUCUAUAACUAUUUGGGUUUGGCCCGCAUUAAUGAAUACAAAAUUCCCAGCGAUAUGAAAGUCUUGCAGGGUAAACAACGUCUCCUAACACUUUUCAAAUUGCCAUUGGAAAAGAAUUUAGAAUUGACAUCAAAAGCAAAAGUUGCCAAUAUACUGCAGUUAACUAAAACUGAAUUAAGCGAUCCCAAAGCGGAAUUGUUCAAAAAGCGCAUAGCUCACCUUGAAUAUCGUAUGCGAUUUGCCAAAUACCCUAUAGAACGAGGCUAUCUGCUACAUGAGAUGGCGCAGGCACAUUUGGAUAAUAAUACAUUUGAUGCCGCCUGUUCCAUAGCACGCAAGGCAAUGGAUGAGGCUAAAAAAUGCAAUAGCAAUGUUUGGACUUUUCUUAGUUUAAUAAUCAUUGGCAAAGCUGAUGCGGUAUUGGGUAAAAUUGAAAGAGAAAAGGAAAUUUUAACUGAAGCUUUUAGUUUAGCGAAACGUUUAAAGAAUCUCGAUUUGUGCCUCUUCAUUGACAUUUGUCUGAAGGUCAAUGCAGAGGAAAUGGAUCUUAAGAAAUCGAUAAUCUCAACGGAAAUCAAUUUUAAAAGGCUUAAAAGCUCACAAUCCAGGCAUAGGGCUAGUGCGGAUCCGUUGCCAGAAUUGUAAAGUCCCACAAAAAAUUAAAUCGGUAAAAACUAAAAAAAAUAUACAAACUAUACA